UACUCUCUUUCCGGUUCACGUUGCGAUAUGUAACUUCCGAUGCAUGCUGUUAACCUAAGGUAACAUGGCGGGGCCGUGGUGGAGGCAAUGCCCGAGGUUGACUACGGGCUGCACGGCCACGAAUAUAUUAGAAAAUUUGUGGCACUUGAAGGGCAGUCCUGUGUCUUCCUCCGCCUCUGCAUCCCUGUUGAGCCGGGCUUCCUGCAUCUCCACGCCGGAAACCAGGCCACCAACAGCUGCACAGAUAAACAUGAAAGCAGGAAACUUUCUAAUCAGACACCAGUCACGGUUGCUGCUUCCAACACUACAGUCUUGCUGUUGCAGAGCGACACACAGUGACACAAAGCCCAAGGACCCCUUCACGUUAGCCCAGAAAGACUUGACGAGUUUAUAUGACGACAUCAAAAAAGAGCUGUUUGUGUCCAAAGUAGAGCUGAAAUCUCUCUGUGAAUACUAUUUCGAUGGCAAGGGGAAGGCCAUCCGACCAAUGAUAGUGGUACUGAUGGCUCGCGCCCUUAACAUCCACAGCAACAGAGCCGGAGAUUUGCUCCCAGGGCAGAGGGCCAUCGCUAUGAUCUCUGAAAUGAUUCACACUGCCAGCCUGGUGCAUGAUGAUGUCAUAGAUGGAUCAGAUAAGCGAAGAGGGAAGAGAACAAUUAAUGAAGUGUGGGGUGAAAAAAAGGCUAUCUUAGCCGGAGAUUUCAUCCUCUCGGCUGCCUCAAUGGCCUUGGCUCGUAUCGGUAACAUCACAGUGGUGAAAGUUUUAUCUCAGGUCAUAGAGGACCUGGUGCGAGGUGAAUUCAUGCAGUUGGGUUCCAAGGAGAACGAGAACGAGCGAUUCAAACACUACCUCGAGAAGACCUUCAAGAAGACAGCGAGUCUUAUUGCAAACAGUUGCAAAGCAGUUUCCAUUCUGGUAAACUCUGAUCCUGAAGUGCAUGAAAUAGCGUACCAGUAUGGGAAGAAUGUUGGCAUUGCAUUUCAGUUGGUGGAUGAUGUUUUGGACUUCACAUCUGGAGCCAGUCAGCUGGGGAAGCCCGCAGCGGCUGAUUUGAAAUUGGGUUUGGCUACUGGUCCGGUCCUGUUUGCUUGUCAGCAGUUUCCUGAGCUUCAUGCAAUGAUCAUGAGACGUUUCGCCUCCAAAGGAGACGUAGAUCGAGCCUGGCAGUACGUCCUUCAGAGCAAUGGUGUGCAGCAGACCAACUACCUGGCCCAGCACUACUGCAAAGAAGCAAUCAGGCAGAUCAGUAGGCUCAGGCCAUCCCCAGAGAGAGACGCCCUCAUCAGGCUCACAGAGAUGGUGCUAACCAGAGACAAAUGAUCCUCCUCUGCUGGGCUUCUCUUCAGGCAGCUACUCCAGGGGAGAAAAGCAAUUUACCUGCCACCCUUAAGUCCUUAGACCAGCAGGGUUGGACAAAAAUAGCGAGGGAGGCAACAGGAGUUUGGUUUGGAUGGACCUCUGGUGCUGAUGUGAGUGCCAACUCUGGCUUAACAGAACAAAACGGCAAGCAGGGGUCUCUGAUCUGAAUCAUGGCGCUUUCCUCUUGACUUGAGGUUUGGUAUUAAGGAUGCACUGAUUUAUUUUUUUUAUUUUUUGAGCCCAUUCUGAUGUUUAAAAUUUUAGUUUGACUGAAACCUGAUGCCAAUGCCAAUAUUUAUUUUGUUGUUGAUAACAAGAAUCACCAUAAAAAGAAGAAUUUUAAAGUUUUUCAGCUCCUCGUCAAACGGUCUUUGAACAUUUAACAGACCAAAGUUGGUGCGACACAACAAAUGUAACCAGAUUUGUUGAAAGCCCCAAACCAGGCCAUUAAAUUUGUGCAUCCUUACGAAGCGCAAGUAAACUUGGUAUUUAGGCAAAUUGUGAUGUUUGAGUUUCUUACAGGAAACGUAUAUGUAAAUGAAUAAUUACAACUGAAAACUGCAGCUGAACCCUUCACUGCUUACAGUACUGUAACUGCAAAAGCCUCCCGUGGCUCAGACUAGCCGACUGUGAGUGAACAGUUUGUUACACGCUGGUCCUGAGCUGCGACGGAGGCGUUGCAACAUCUGUGUAAUUCCAAAUGAGAGGGAAGUGCAUCAUUGUGUACUCGCUUGGAUCCGUCCUCAUCUCAAAGGCCAAUCAGUCACGUGUCUUUCUUUUCCACUCUGAAGUGUUAUAUGGUUACUUCUGUGAUGCAAAGUGUCCUGUAACGACCACGGCCUUAACAUCUGCAAUGACUGUGCACUCAAUAAACCAACUGCUUAAUUUUUUUUUUUUU